AUGGAAAAAGCAUGGGACGAGGCUACAGAGACAGAUCUGCUUGAGGCUCUGGAAGAAGCCCUUGGCUGCACAAAAUGUCAAAUCACUAUCACCGAGGCAAUCAUGAAGGGGGAUAUCAGUGAUGGUGUUUACAACUCUAGCCAUUACCCCCCAUUCUUUGUGAACAAGCGAACCAGAGAUGACAAUAUCUCCCCCCUGGACACUGAAACAAAGCACACCGAUCCAACGUGGUGGCGUCGCAUAUCCGUUUCACAGCGUGAGCGCUACUACGCCCUGGUCGAGAACAACCUAAACCGGGCUCUAGAAGAGACAAAGAACGCCGACCCAGAGGCUGCUGUUCUCUUUGCCCAUUACCAAGUCGACUACCAUAUCCGCCAGCACCACCUUGCUCGACGGGGCGUACUGAACCUUUGCCGUGAUUCAAAUGAUCUCCAUGAACUUCGCUCAUGGCAAUGGGAUAUGGCCGCUAUCGACAGACUCACUUCCGGCAAGGAAAUCGAAGUCACAGAUGAAGACGAAGGGUGGCUCCCAGAAGAACGCAUGUGGGGGUGGCCAACUGACCGAAACCUGGAGAAGACACAUCAAGUUAUUUUAUGGAAGCGAAGCUGGCCUAAACGUCGGAAGCAGCUCAAGGCUGUGCGGGCCAAGUGGGCUGUCAUUAUGGAAGAACGAAGGAAGCAAAGGGAGAUGCUUUUGCUCAAACAAGGGGCAACUGUCACUGUUCGGCUUUAUUGUCGCGGGGAACUGUGGGACGUGAGGAAGCUUCAGAGGGAGGUGGAGACUGGGACUAGUAUUCGAAUGGGAAGGACCACGCAAAGCUUGGGAUUUUAA